CAGCUGCAUCUAUAACCGGUUGCAUCACAUUUGUUUCGUUUUCAGUUUCUAAGUCCUCCUUGAUUGGUAUAAAUACGGAUUGCAGCUCGCAGUCAUCUAUUGCAUCUUCCAGGAAGAACAUAGAGCAAGCUAUCAGCAGUCAUGUCUGACUCAACAAGUAAGAUGAAGAGAACUCAACCUUCGUGGAUGCCACCUAGCGGAUCUGGAGAAACCAAACUCAAGCUGUAUAACAGUUUGACUCGGCAGAAGGAGGAGUUUAUACCGCAGAAUGGACGUCGUGUUCUCUGGUACAGCUGUGGUCCCACUGUCUAUGAUGCAUCUCAUAUGGGACAUGCCAGGACGUACAUUUCGUUUGACAUUCUGCGGCGGGUAAUGAACGAUUUCUUCAACUAUGAUGUGCUCUAUUGCAUGAACAUCACCGAUAUCGAUGACAAGAUCAUUGUUCGAGCUCGACAGAAUUAUUUACUGGACAAAUACACAGGUGAAUCUCGUCCGCUGAAAACAGUGCUUGCUGAUAUAAAGGAGGCCAUGAAGCCAUUCACUGAGAAGCUGGAGAAAGAGACCGACCCUGACAAGAAGGUCAUGAUGGAGAAAAUCAAGGCCAAGGUCACUGAAACCCUCAAGGACAUUGAGAAGGUCAUGAGUGGAGCAUCAAGUGAAGAUGAGUUGCAGAAGCUCAGAGAUAAUCUCCUGACAAAUGCUCGAGAUAUCCUGUCCUCUUGGCUUGACAAACUUCAUGGGUCUGAGAUUACUGACAACUCCAUCUUUUCUGACCUCCCCACAUUCUGGGAAGAAGAAUUCCACAAAGAUAUGGAAUCACUCAAUGUGUUGCCAGCAGAUGUUUUGACUCGGGUCAGCGAGUACGUACCAGAAAUCAUUGAUUUCGUGAAGAAAAUCAUUGAAAAUGGUUUCGCGUACGAGUCUGGUGGAUCUGUGUAUUUCAACACGACAACCUUUGACCAGAAAGACGACCACCAUUAUGCCAAGCUGGUCCCCGAGGCAUACGGAGAUAACAAGGCACUGGCUGAAGGAGAAGGUGAACUCAGUGUGUCAGAAGAACGACUUGGAGAAAAGAAAAGUGUCAACGAUUUCGCCGUGUGGAAAGCGUCCAAGCCAGGAGAACCGUCCUGGGACUCCCCAUGGGGGAAAGGUAGACCAGGCUGGCAUAUUGAGUGCUCUGUAAUGGCCAGCUGCAUAACGGGUGAAUCCAUGGACAUACACACAGGGGGUUAUGACCUCAAGUUUCCCCAUCACGACAAUGAACUUGCCCAGUCAGAGGCAUAUUUUGGCCAUGACAGCUGGGUGAGAUACUUCCUCCAUUCUGGUCACCUGACCAUUGAGGGCUGCAAGAUGUCGAAAUCUCUCAAGAACUUUGUGACAAUCAAGGACGCGCUGGCGUCGUACUCGGCCCGGCAGAUCCGCUUCCUGUACCUGCUGCACUCCUGGAAGGACACGCUCGACUACAGCGGCAACACCAUGGAUAUCGCUAUACAGUACGAGAAACACAUGAAUGAAUUCUUCUUGACGGUGAAAGACAUCAUGAGGAAGUCUGCAAGUCACGGGGUUGCUGCUUUUGAGAAGUGGACGGAUGCUGAAACCAGCUUGAAUGAAAAAUAUCUGGACAAGCGACAGGCAGUCUACGAAGCUCUCUGUGAUUCUGUAGACACAAGAACAACACUGGAUCACAUACGGGAACUGGUAACCGCUAGCAACAGCUAUGUUGCUAAAGCCAAGGCAGAGAAGAGACGACCCAAUCAGAAGCUUCUUUACAAUAUCGCAUCCUAUGUGACUCAGUUGUUUAAGGUAUUUGGAGCUAUAUCUGGAGACCAGUCUAUUGGUUUUCCACAUGGAGAUGCUCAGUCUAGUGAUCUUGAAGAAACAGUGAUUCCAUAUUUGAAAGUGCUUGCUGACUUCCGGGAGAAUGUUAGACAGAGUGCUAAGGAGCAGAAAGCGACGGGUAUUCUGAAAAUGUGUGAUGAUAUUCGCGACAAUGUUCUCCCGAACCUGGGUGUGCGACUCGAGGACCAUGAAGGGGAGCCUCCAGUUAUCAAGCUGGUCGACAGGCAGAUGCUGCUCAAAGAACGUGACGAAAAAAUCCAAGCUGCUAAAGAAGCUCAGAAGAAAAUUCCUCCCUCAGAGAUGUUUAAAAGUGAAACUGACAAAUAUUCCAAGUUCGAUGAUCGGGGACUGCCUACCCAUGAUGCUGAAGGAAAUGAGCUGACCAAGUCGGCACUGAAGAAACUAACAAAGUUGUUCGAAGCUCAGGAGAAGAAAUACAAGGAUUAUCUCCAGAGUCAGAAGGAUUCUGGCAGUGGGGAUAAACCGGCAGAAUCUUAAAUACUCGGUCAAAGAGAAUUUUAGAUGCAAAAAACUGUUCAAAACGGAUGACACAAUAUCAUGCUCCCCCAGUGAUGUCUUCAUAGACAAAUAACAUUGUUGUUUGGUGUAUUAUGUUGCUAUUUAAAAAAACAAGAAAAAAAGUAUAAUUUCUUCGCUGCUGGUUUUAAGUUCAAAUACUGACUGAAAAUGUUCCACCAGUGUUGUCAUAACAACAGAGGAAUGACAUUGUACUUAUAUUGCUUUAUGUUGUCUCUUCUUAAAAAUUGUUAUAAUUUCUCUACUUUUGCUUUUAGUGUAAACGCUGAUUGAAAAUUUAAAGCACAAAACACAAGAUGUUUUAGAUGGUACUCAGGCCUCAAAAGGAUUUAAAAAAAAAAAAAAAUUAUUAUUAUUUUAUUUUUUUGCAUUCUUAGCUAUUUUAAGGCACAAGUAUUACUAAAUAUAUAAUAAGUGUAGUUUUUAAUGUAUUUUUGUCUUAAAUGUUAUUGUUUUAAUGGUUCAGCAAGAGCUAGGGCAGCCCUACCUGUCCAGUCUUACUGACUAUGUUAUCUUUAUUUUUCUCUUUUUAAACUUAUAUAACCUAUCCAGUAGUCCUCUAGUCAGUGCCCGUGUCUCGGGGUGUCACACUUGGUGCUGAAUUUCUUACCUCGUGCUACUUUCAUUUUCAUUUUGUGUUAUAAUGUCAGGAGCCAAAGCAUUAUUAGUUAUUAGGCACAUUUUGUUCAAAAACUCUGUUGAUGAUUUUGUAAGUGACAGCUUAAAAUUCAGUAAUGUAAUCUUUGUUUAAAAUUUUAUUUACUAGUUUUUGGGUGUAACAUUUAUAAACUCUGUUAUUUACCUUAAAUUAAAAGUGUUUUGAACAAUUCAUAAGCAUAGGAAACUAAUAUUUGUGUUACAACAUUAGCAUCCCAUUGAGUCUUUAGACUGAAAGGCUAAACCUCUACACCAUUGAUGACAAUACUCACUAACAGGUAACAUGAAGUUUACUCAGCCUUAUAUUCAUAUAUAGAGUGUUUUUCGGUAUCGUCAAUACAUUAUUUUUAUUCCUAAUAUAUGAUAUUGACGAUACCGAAAUACACGAGGGUAAUAAUCUCUUUAUCGUAUAAUCUCAAGCUUAAUACAAAGUGUUUU